AUGUCACCAUUGAAGGGAAUCAAAGUCAUUGAGCUAGCAGGCCUAGCUCCUGGCCCAUUCGCAGGCCUCCUCCUAGCCGACUUCGGCGCCUCAGUCCUCCGCAUAGACCGACCCAACUCCAUAAGCGGUGACCAACUAACCCGCAAUAAAACCUCCAUAACCCUCGACUUACGCUCCCAAACCUCCCUAAAUAUCCUCCUCCGCCUCCUCACAACAGCCGACAUCUUAAUCGACCCUUUCCGCCCCGGCGUCCUCGAACGCCUCGGCCUCUCCCCAACAGAAGUCCUUCUAAAACACAACCCCCCGCCUAAUUGUCGCCCGAAUGACCGGCUUCCGCCGCGACGGGAAAUACAAAGACAUGGCCGGCCACGACAUAAACUACCUCGCCUGCUGUCGAUGCUCGGCCGCGCAGCAGAAAAGCCCCACGCCCCAGGUAACAUCCUCGGUGAUUUCGCCGGCGGCGGCGCUGUCUGUUUCCAGGGGAUCUUGCUUGCACUUAUCUCCCGCUCCCAUACAGGACGCGGCCAGGUCGUCGAGGCGAAUAUGGUUGAUGGCUCGGCGUAUCUUGCUACGUUCCCGCGACUCGGGAGGAAUACUCCUGCGUGGGCGGAGCCGCGUGGAGAGAAUUUGCUCGAUGGGGGGUGUCCGUAUUAUGAUACGUACGAGACUAAGGAUGCUAGGCGGUACUUUGCGGUCGGGGCUUUGGAGCCGCAGUUUUAUGUGGCGUUGGUGCGGGGAUUGGGGUUUGAGAUUGGGGAGUUGCCGAAGAGGGAGGAUAGGAAGGAGUGGCCAGUGUUGAGGGAGAUCUUCACCAGGAAAUUUAAAGAGAAGACGCGCGCAGAAUGGGAGGCUGUUUUUGAUGGUACGGAUGCUUGUGCUACGCCUGUUUUGGAGCAGCGUGAGCUUCAGGAGGAUGGGUAUGAGCAGCGGCCUGUGGUACAUCUGGUUAGUACACCUGCGGUCCCGAUUCAGGCGGAUAACGGUGGGUGGACGGGUGGUGGAAUGUUACCUGGAGAUGGGGGUGUUAAUACGCUUAGGGAGUGGGUUGGGUGGGAGCGUGGUAAGGAUUUUGAGGUUAGGGAGGAUGGGACCUUUGUGGUUGUGAAUAGCAAGUCAAAGAUUUGA